CGGGAUGCGUGUGUGGUCAUCACACGCUGCGACACACACGAGAGAGAGGAGAUGGACUUAAUAACGCGAUGAGGGUCGCGUGUAGAAUGUGAAAUACGGCGUAUCGUGUUAUUGAACGAUAAGUGCAAGUUAUUAGGGUCGAUUGACGAGUAACUCGACGUAAGGAGCGCGUAAAACGUUUCCCCCCGCAUUGUGUGCGUGCGCGUACAAAGCCGCGUCUCUCCGUUUUGCUCCCGCGAUUGGUGUCGCGCACCAGGGGCGACCUUACGUAUGUAAAUUAAAUCCCCGACAAGUGUCGCUUUACCAGAGAGAGAGACAGAGAGAGAGAUUCGUUCUCAUAUACGUGAGCGCGCGCUCGACUCACGUUCCAUUAAUAUUUGCUCUUUGAUCGGACGCGCGUAAUCUUCAUCAUCAUCAUCCAUCUCCAUCGUUGAUCCUCCGAACCAAAUUCGACGCGCGCGCGCGCGCGCGUGUGUGUGUGUGUGUUUGUAACUUCGCAAUCCGGUUUGCGCGUUCCGAGAGUAGUGCGGAGUAGCUUCGCGCUCGUCGAGUUUUUUUUUAUUUUUCACAAAACUGCGCGCGGCACGCAUUUUAAAGAGAAGAACGGUGCUCUCUCUCUCUAUCUAUCUCUUUCUCUCUCGGAAACUUCGCGGAUUGCGUCGUGAUAUCGAGAAGUAAGUUGAUAAGUCGACAGACUUUGUUGCAUAAGAGAGCGACGACGAGUGAAAAAAGAAAAUGCGAAGUAGCGGCAACUUGAAUCAGUUCAAUGAUGACGACUUCUUCACCGGUGGACCGUGUCCGUCGUGUAGAUUGGCUGUCAACAAAGAAACUGGCAGACUCAAGUGGUGCGACGGCGGAAGCGAGUCCCGGCGUUUUCGCGUCAAACUGAUGCUUCUGAUACCGACGGUUUUGCUGCCGAUUACCAUAAUAUUCAUCGCUCUGUCCCGAUUUCAAGCAACAACCGAGGUUUCCGGCUCGCACGCGCUUUCCGUCAACAAAAAAGGACAAAACAAAAAUAUCGAAGAUGACCAUUUUUCGCUCACCGGUCGUAACGACGUGGACGAGAUUCCGCGUGCCGCAGAAAAAAUCGAAGACGAGGACGACCGAGUGCUGUUUCCCGAUAUAAAGACGAGUUACGUGCCCGCGAACGUGCCCCAUCGCUCGCCCCAGCGCCGCAAGAGAGACACCGACCACGACGGGAAGAAUAACACGACGAACGACGGUUUCGAAUUGAUGAAUCGAGCGAUAUCGUCGUCGUCACACGCUCGUUUAGUUAACGGCCAAUUGGCAGAUUCCCCCUUCAGGGAGGAAUCAGAUAAGAAAAGCGAUACGGCCGUAAAAUCCCUUUCGGAUAAUGCGAACUACAUCGACAGAACGAAGGUAAAGAUCGACGACACGAUCGACGAAACCGACGACGCGCAAGAUCUCGACGAAGACCUAGAAGAUAAUAAUUUCUUAGGCGAUUACUAUUCGGAAGUUGAUAUUGACGAUACUUACGAAACUAGCGGAACGAGGGACCGUCAAUAUUCCGAAAAGAGAGGAGAAGCAAUGCCGUUUAACAACAAAUACGAGGGCGUAGGUGUAGGGAAACGAUUGAACGAAGAUUCGGUGAGAACCAGGAAAGAAGACGCGGUCUCCGAUUUUUUCGUCAACGAAACGUGGCUAUCGGCGGGACGUGACGUGAUGAAAGAUGACGAAACCGAUUUUCACGCGUUCUGGAACGGCGAAGGACAAGUUAGAAGUAUCAGAAAGGCUCAAGCUCAGAUAAUGCUCAGAUAUAUGGACGAGAGCGCGGAUCCCUGCGUGGAUUUCUAUCAAUACGCUUGCGGCAACUGGGCGAGACAUAAUCCCAUUCCCAAGGACAAGGCCGGCUACGACACCUUUGAGAUGCUCAGAGAAUCGUUGGAUUCUGUGCUGAGGGAGUUGCUGGAGGAUCCCGUGCCGCGCGAAACGGACGCCGACGACGCAACGGCGAAGGCGAAGCAUCUGUUUAAGAGCUGCAUGAAUUACGAGAUCUUGGAGCGACGUAUGGAACGACCGCUCGUCAAGCUUCUGGAUCAUUUCGGCGGAUGGCCGAUUCUGAGACCGGAAUGGAAUCCCAGAAGAUUCGACUGGCUACUGCUGACCGCGCAGCUUCGACUUUACAACAACGACGUGUUGAUUUCCGAAUGGGUGGGUCCGGAUAUUAAAAACAGCGACACGUACGUGAUACAGUUCGACCAAACGUCGCUUGGACUUCCCACGAGGGAUUACUUUCUUCAACCGUCCAACGCGAUCUAUCUGGAAGCCUACAAGGAUUAUUUAAUUAAAAUCGCAACUUUACUGGGCGCUUCUCUGGACACCGCGACUCUACACGCCGAAGAAGUGAUCGAAUUCGAGACGAAGCUUGCGACGAUAACAUCGUCACCGGACGCGAGACGUAACUUCACGGAGCUCUAUCAGCGAAUGAGCGUGGGCGAGCUUAAGGCCCUCGUGCCGCAGAUCAAUUGGCGUCGUUAUUUAACGAUUGUGCUUGCUCGACCGGUCAAUUUUUCGGAACCGGUUGUUAUUUUCGCGUUGCAAUACAUUCAGGACUUGGUCGUUUUGCUAUCGAAGACACAACCCAGAACAGUGGCGAAUUAUCUUUUAUGGAGGUUUGUGCGGCACAGAGUGAACAAUCUGGACGAUCGCUUCCAGGAAGUCAAGCAAAAGUUUUAUUACAUUCUGUUCGGCAGAGAACAGGCUCCGUCGCGAUGGAAGACCUGCGUGACGCAAGUCAACUCCAAUAUGGGUAUGGCGGUCGGGUCUAUGUUCGUCAGAAAGUAUUUCGACGAGAACAGUAAGAACGACACAUUGUCAAUGACUCGAGAGAUACAGCGGUCGUUCAAGGAGCUGCUCAACCGAACCAGCUGGAUCGACAACGAGACGAAGCGAUUGGCGACCGAGAAGGUGAACGCCAUGUCGCUGAGAAUCGGUUAUCCGGAUUUCAUCCUGCAGCCGGAUCUGUUGAACGAGCAUUACAAAGACGUUCUCGUUCGACCGGACAAGUAUUUCGAAAACACGUUGAACAUCUUGCAACAUCUGACCAGAAUUGAACAGAAUCGUCUCGGCAACGCGGUCAACAAGACUCUGUGGAACACCGCCCCGGCGGUCGUGAACGCUUAUUACAGCCGCAAUAAAAAUCAGAUAAUGUUUCCGGCUGGCAUACUGCAGCCCCCGUUUUAUCACAGAUUCUUCCCGCGGAGUUUGAACUUCGGCGGAAUCGGCGUCGUGAUCGGACACGAGAUCACCCACGGUUUCGACGACAAGGGCAGACUGUUCGACAAAGGUGGAAAUCUUCACAGAUGGUGGAGGGACGAGGCGAUCUACAGCUUUCACAUGCGAGCGCAAUGUCUCAUCGAUCAAUACGCACAUUACACCGUGAAGGAAGUUGGAAUGAAAAUAGACGGCGUUAACACGCAAGGGGAGAACAUAGCCGAUAACGGCGGCAUCAAACAAGCAUUUCGAGCCUAUGAGAAGUGGUUGCGCUCGAACGAGGGGGAGGACGAGACCUUACCUGGAAUGAGCGCGACGGGCAAGCAAUUGUUCUUCCUCAACUUCGCGCAAGUCUGGUGCGGCUCGAUGCGUCCCGAGGCGAUCAGAAAUAAACUUAAGACAGCGGUACACUCGCCCGGUAAGUUUCGAGUGAUCGGCACGCUUUCCAACUCGAAGGAGUUCGCUCAAGCGUUCAACUGUCCUCCCGGUUCUCCCAUGAAUCCCGCGAGCAAGUGCUCGGUGUGGUGACACGCAGCAGACGCACGCAAUGUAGUUCCUCGUGCACAUACACACACACACACACACACACACACACACGUGUCGCUUCUCGAUUUAUUAUCCCCGAUCGCAGUAAUAUAAUUAGUUAGUAGUUCGUGAUAAGAAACGAAACUCUCAUGUUUAAAACGGACCUUUUUUAGCGUACGCUUCGCGCGCCUGAGAUUUCUGUAACAGUUUAGCUCCAUGUAACUUUGUAAAAUAGGCGUAAGAAAACGCCGAUGCGCUUUUGUAAUAUCAUAUUCCAAGAGAUACGUAGAGAGCUUCGAAACCACAUGUUUUGCAAUAAAUAAUAAGAAAGAGAAAUAGAUGAUUGUUUAGUUUUAAUUCAUAAUCGCGCACAAGCACACGCACACACACACACACACACACACGUUACGUGAGAUGACCUCACAUCAAGAAUUUAUGUGUAAAUAGGUGACAUUUUUUAUCAAUCACAAAAUUCUAUUUUUACAAUUUAUUUACGUAUUUAUAUACCAUCGACAAAUAUAUUAAUCUGUAAGAACUGAAGGUUCCGAGAAGGGGAAAAAAAAAAA